AGUUCCUGUUGUAUAUGUUGGUAGCAUUGUACUAAAAAAGUUUUUAAAAUGGUUGGUGAUAACUAGAGUUUAUUGUGUGGUUGAUGCUUAAACAUUUAAUAAACUUCUGAGCAUAUUAAAGUUUGAUUGCAGCUUAUGAUUAAAAGUUCUAAAUAUAAUUUAUAAGAAUGACUGACAAAAUUGAUGAAUUGUACAAAAAAUACGAUAUUUUAACAGACGCCAAGGAUAACAUUGCUAAGUAUUCAGAUGUAUAUCUCGAAUGUAUUGAAGGAACAAAAGGAACAGAGAAAGAGAAAAAGUUAGCUGCACAGAUUAUUUCCCAAUUUUUUAAACAUUUUCCAGACCAUCAAAAGCAAGCUGUAGAAGCAGUUCUUGAUCUUUGUGAGGAUUCAGAUCUCUCGAUUCGUAUAAAUGCUAUAAAGGUAUUGCCAAUAUUUUGCAAAGAUGUUAAAGAACAUGUAUCAAGAGUAGCGGAUAUAUUAUGCCAGCUAAUAACUUUACUAGAUGAUCAAGAUUUGAACAUUGCUUGUAAUUCUCUAAUUCAAGUGUAUAAGGAGAGCCCAACAAAAACAGUGAAAGCUAUUUUCAAUUAUAUUUUCACUUCUGUUGAGAAUAGUAGAGAAAAGUGUGUACACUUUUUAUAUAAAAAGCUCGUUAAAGUUGAUGAUAAAAUGGCACCUGAAAUCAAUGAUCUACUUGUAGAAGAAGGGAAAAAAAUUUUACAGGACUCAACUGCUGCAGAGUUUUUAACUAUAAUGUCCUUUUUAUCACAAUCAAAAUUGACUAAAACAACAGCAGGUCAACAAGAAUUAGUUAAUGCAAUAGCAGAUAGAGCAGAAAUUCAUAAAGAUUUUGAUUUAAAUGAUACAGAAAACCUGCAUUGUGAACGGAUCAUAAUGUGCACUCAAUAUGCAUUGCCACUAUUCAAUGCUAAUGUAGAGUCAACAAAUUUUGUAAAAUUCUAUUGUGAACAAAUAUUGGAAAAAUGGGAUAAUAUAGGCACCUUGAAAGAUGGAGAAUGUCUUCAAUAUCAAAUUUUGAAACAAUUAGCAGAGCUCUCUGCACAUUGCGGUAAACUAGAAACUCCUUCAACCUGUAUAGUCCAAAUAUUUGACAAACUUAAGCGAUUUAUGCCUCUCCCACCUGAAGAUGGAGAUAUAGAUAAGAUACCAAACUUAGAUUUCACAUCUGUUGAAUGUUUAUUAUAUGCUUUCCAUAGAUUAGCGAGGCAGUCACCUGAUUUUCUAACAGCCGAUCCGGCCGUACUUAAAGAUUUCAGGUCAAGAUUAAAUUAUUUCUCAAGAGGUGUGGGAGGAUGUAAGAGAUCUUUGGAAAAAAUUUCAAAUAAAGAUGAUGAAAAAAUUAAGAUAGCACCUACCGUUUUGGAUAAUAUUAAUGCUUUGAUUAAGGAUUUGUUUUAUACGACGCCCAUUUAUAAAUGCAAUGUACAGUUAUCCUUCAAAUUGCUAGACAAAGUAAAGACUUCUGAAAAAUCUCAAACGCCUCAGAAAAGACAUGUUCCUAUUCAUUUUGAUUCAAGUAAUGGAUCAGCAACUAAACAAAUUCGAUCAAAUAAAGGAUCAGAUAAUGUUAAACUGUACACACCACCAAGUGGAAAAUUCAGUAAUAAUUUCCAAAGUUAUGAUCGCUCUGGAGGAAGAAGUAGAGGCAGAGCAGGAAGAGGGAUGAGAGGCAUGAGAGGUUCACCAAGAGGUUGGAGAAACUAAUAUUAGGUGUUUGAAAAGAGCAGCAUUUCACAAUCGCCCACUUGGCUACAGAAAUGAUUGAGAAUUCUUGGUAGUACCUAGUGUAAAGGGAUGGUUUCAUAGUAAUACUUCCUCUUACUAAUAACCAUUUUUUUUCUGAAAAUUAUGUCUAGUUAACUACAACAUUUCAUUCCUAAGUAUUAAUUUUAGAAAUCUAAUUGGAAUGAAGUUGCAGAUUAUUUAAUGAGCAUUUUUUUGAAUUUAAAUAUUUAAUUAAAGAACAACAAAUAAUGAUUGAAGUUCAAAUUGUUCACAUCGUGUCUCUUGAAGAAAUUACCCUUAAAACUGAGAAGAGCAUUUUUGUUGUGGAUGGAUUUGUUCGCAAACUCGCGUGAACUUUGAUUAUUAUUUUUUUUUGUCAUUUUCAUUAUAAAUAUAGAAUACAGUGGGAGGAAAUAUUACUAAUCAUCUAAUGAUUUUCCUUUUUUCUAGGUUUAAUAUGUACAAUUUUGUUUUGACAAAAUACAUCGUAUUUUACAG